GGACAAAAAAGAUUUGACGAGAAGAGAUCGGGACGAGACGGGGCGUGUGUUGACCUUUGACGCGUUAGCACUCCUCACCUUCGCAAUCACACAAUCAGCGCAGACCACCCUGGAGCAAUGACAGAUGUAUAUCUGAUUUAUCCACACCUCUAGAAGGACAGAUGCUUCCUCUGUACUUCUGGUACAGAGUCUGGUUGAGAUGAUCCAGGGUGUAGAAUUCUUGCUUCACUUUCCCUCGACGCGUUUUUUAAAAUAGGUCCGUAAGAGAGAGACAUAGAACGGAUUAAAUUUGCUUCGCUCUCAAGAUAAGGCCUAGUAACUCACUACCCUGGGAGGGACGGGUUUGACCUCUGUCGAAGCCUGAAUUUUUUUUUAGACUUCUUCUCUGCAAUAUCUUUAUUUAAAACUCACCUUCGAGGAUCAUAUUACAACGGCUACUUCUUUAUCAUUCGCGGAGCAAAAUGUAUUUAUUUCAUUAAAUUGUGACAGAGAAAACCUACAUCCAAAUCUGACUACUCAGCUCAUCUUUUGUUCAAUCACGCAAUGUUUGACCCUCACGCUGUGAGCUUUUAAUUUAGGAAACCUGUGGUGAUAAGUGAUGGCUAAGAGAUUUGUGACAAAGCUCCAUCGAGUUAAAAAAAUCCGGUAACGUGCAAAAGUCUAGAGGCACGAACAAACCAAGUGUAAGGAAAUUACAUAAAUAGCAAUACUUGAAAUCAAGUUUGCUGCCCUCUGAACGUCAAUAUGCUGAUUGUGGGAUCCUUUUAAGAUCAAAUAUUGGAAGCCGCUUUUUUUACUGACCUUGAAAAACGAUUCAUACUCAUCUAUGUUUUUCGACUGCAUACUUAGCAAACUAAACCGUUAUUGGAAUGAUGCAGUGGUCACACUUUGGCGUGUAUUUCACCAUUAAUCUUAAAAAUAAUUCAACGACAUUUUGUAUGCCUAGACCAGGGGAACUAUUGCUGGGACCAGCGCAACUAUAAAACAAUUACCGAACACAUGUUGUAACGUAUCAUCUCAUUUGUAUGCCGUGUGUAACAAUUUAUACUGAUAUGUUGCAAGUGGGGUCGCGCUUUUGACCCACUGUCUAUUGUUUCUGCAUGGUCUGUGUAUUAUUUUUACUCUGUGUGCGGUUUAGAUUUUAUGCUGUGCUUCGCGUCGCGACGAUUGUACCAUCUUCAUUUAAUGUUGGUUCCUAUGGAGACAUACCGUGGUCUUGUCCGAGUUUUUAAAUUGUAAACCACGCACACUUUAAGACUUUGGAUUGCCUGGCAUAAUGUUUAUCAAGUGAUUGCAAGUUCAAGCCCACGCGUGCGGAGACAGCUGACCGUAAUCCGUCCCUAUCACCGCUGGUUUUGCUGUACUUUGCGCUCGGAACGAUCUCAAGGAGAUCUGUAGAAAGAAAAAAAGCAAUAAUUAUCGCCUUAUGUGAAAGUUGGAGAGAAUUUGAAGGAGUGCAUCGAUUGCGUGCGAAAUAAUUUAAAUUGCAAUAAUUGACUCUGCCGCGAAGGGUUCCUUUGACGUCUAGACAGCGAAGAAGAAGAAAAGAAAACCAAUUUGUUUUAAUCGUUUGAGAAAACUUGGCUUAAGGCAUGUUCCAAACGACAGCGACGACAAAAACUGAUAGAAGCUGUUUUAAAACGAAGAAAAAAAUAAUUUUCCUGUUAAUAUCCGGUGUGUUGUUAAUCGUCCUUGGCACCGUGUGUCUCUGCAAGGCUGUUGCGUGGAUACAUUCCAUUAUUGACUCGAAGCUUGUUAUUAAACCGAGCUCCCCUAUUUACCCGCAAUGGAGGUCACCAACUGUCCCGGUUCUGAUGCAGUUCUUUGUGUUCAAUGUGGAGAAUCCGAUGGAAAUGAAGCAGGGAAGCCGUCCUUGUGUCAGUCAGAAAGGACCAUAUAGUUACAGAGUAUACCAGACCAAGGAAAACAUUACAUGGAAUAGCAAUAGUACUGUAUCCUAUAACAAAUUUACCAAGUAUGUAUUCGAUGUCGAUAGCUCCUGUUCUUCAUGUGAUCCUCGCACUGAUAAUGUCACGCUCCCAAACAUACCGCUUGUUAUUCUUUCCCAAGUUUCCAAAAAGUACCCCGGUGCAUCUUUGAUAUUCAGCAUGAUUUUCGCUCAUUUCAAGGAAGACUUCUUCAGGGUAAACACAGUGGAAGAGUUACUCUGGGGUUACAAAGAUCCUGUGUUUGAGUAUUUUGCUGACCUUAAGCGCAAAUAUCAUUUGUCUUUCAUUCCUGAUAUUGAUCCGAAAUUCCGAAUGAUGGAGAAUAAUACUUACGAUGGUGUCACAACCACUUACACUGGAGCGUCAGAUAUCAGCCGUGCUGCAGUUUGGACUCAAUGGAAGGGGAGAUCUGAUGUAGGUUUGUGGAACUCUCCUUGGGCAAACAUGCUGAAUGGAAGCGAUGGCAUGCAAUUUCCUCCUCAGACCAGUACAGAAGACAUUCUCUAUGCGUUUUACGUACAACUCUGCAGGUCCAUGAGCUUUGUUUUCGAUUCUCACACAAAAAUACACAGUGUGAACACAUUAAGGUUUACGUACCCGGAGGAACUGUGGCAGAACGCAAGCGUGAACCCGGCCAACACAGGCUUCUGUCCCAACGGAUGUUUCCCAAGUGGCAUUCUCGAUGCAAGUGUUUGCAAAGGCCCCUCUGCCAGUUCCGUUCCAGCCAUUGUGGCGUCUCAUCCGCAUUUCUAUCAAGGUGAUCCCUCUCUUGUCAAUAAUGUAGAAGGCCUGAACCCAGUCAAAGAAGAACAUGGCACUGUCUUUGACAUUGAACCAAAUUUUGGCCUUCAUCUUCACCUGAGUUUGCGGCUUCAACUCAACUUGAAUAUUGAACAUGUGAAAUUCCUGGUGCAAAUGGCCGGUGUCAAGGAGGUGAUCUUACCCAUAAUGUAUUUUAAUAACACUGUGACAGUGGAUGCGUCGUCUGCGCACAAAAUGAAGAGUGUCCUGAUUGCCAUGAAAGCUGUCCCUUUCGUCUCUGUAACGUUGAUUUGCAUUGGAACUAUCGAAGUUUUGGUGGCCAUUUGUUGCAUUUUAUCUAACAAAUGGAAAGGUUAUAAACAUGUAAUUCGUGGAUUAUCAAGCGUAAACAGCGAAACAGAGCCACUUGUUACUUCAAGUAAAUAAACUGCAAUAGAUGACACCGAAUGAUUUCGUUACUAAUUUUCACUUAUCUCUGUGAGAACUGACAAUCGCGUGUUUUUAAACUUUUCUUAUUGCCUUUAAGGGGGGGGAGGGGGGCGUGCAUGGGGAGAGAAUCUCCCUCACGGCCUACCCUAGUCCCCUUCCAACUUGCACUUUCGACUUUUUCCAUCUGCUCUUAGUUGUGAGACACUCGGAGAUUAAAUUACUACCAAAUGUUGGUUUUGAUGCA